GUGUGAAUGACUCCCCGAUGAUGACGUGGGGUGAGAUUGAAGGCACUCCAUUCCGUCUGGAGAGUUCGGAAAGUCCUAAUGUAGACAGGACGCCAGGACCAGCAUUUAAGAUUCUCGAACCAGGUCGCAGAGAAAGGUUAGGCCUAAAAAUGGUCAAUGAGGUUGCUGCUAAGAACAGAACCAAGAAGCAGGAAGCUCUGCGAAAGGCCACACAGAGUCUGGCCAGUCUGUCUCCACAUGGAAUCAGCCCUGUGAUGUCACCAGCCUUGCAGCGUCUUGUCAACCGGACAUCCAGCAAGUAUACGGACAGAGCUUUACGCGCUAGUUACACCCCAUCACCAGCUCCCAAACAAACGCCACAUUGUAAAACACCAUGCGCUGGUGUAACGCCUAAUGCUCUUGGUGCCUUGCACACUCCGGGCAGCCAGGACCCCACCUCUAUCACUGAUAAUCUACUGCAGCUGCCCAAGAGGAAGAAAGUUGCUGACCUGUCCUAGUGCUGAACACAUUCCUCCACAACCAAGCGCCUCACUGCCCCUUCAACUCACAAGAGCUGAUUAUGAUGAUUUUGGAAAUCUGAAAUAUGUCGCAAAAAUAAUGGAAAUAUUUGAGAAGUAAAGACGAUUUCAUGUUUAUUCACAUUCAUACUGACGUACAUGCACAAUUUCCCUGCCAAAGGAUCCUUUCUGAUUCAACAAACUUGGUCUUUGUGCAACUUGCAAUUACUGUUGAUUCUAGCUCUGUCUUUGCCAGCUCAACUAUAACUUGUGAGCUUGUAACGUCUCUGACGUAAUGAUGAUUGAGCAAUGAAUAAUUGGUACAUCCCACAGUGAGGCUUGCAGUGCAUACAGUCACAGAGCUGCUCAACUAAAUGUUUCUGAUGAUCCAGUGCCACCACUGCUCCAGCUUCUUGGUGCCUGCAGUAUACCUGCACUUAGAACUCUGGAAACUAUUUCCAUUAUUUAUUAAUAUCAGUGUUCACUUGUCUCCUGUGAACUACAGACAAACUUGCUCAACCCUUCGCUGUCAACCUUGAACCUGGAGGAGACAGCAUCUGAGCUGUUUUCAAAUUGAAGCUGUUUAUUAGUUUGAAUGGUUUUGAUAUGAAAAUGUGGGCAAAUUGGACAUACUUUCUUGAAAACCCAACUUACCCUGGGCAACAUCCUGGCGGAGUUCCCUCCCCUUCUCCAUCACCCUCUCCUCUUCUGCUCUGUACCUCUCACCUCUCCUCUCCCCCUCUACCUACCCUCA